GGUAUAACAAAAAGGGAAUCUACUCUAAUUAACUGUAAUAGACAGAAUACACAUUUUGUAUCUGUCUAGAUCUAAAAUAUUUAAUACAGAUCUAGAAUCUUGAUCAGUUCAAAGUUGUUGAAAAUUAAUUUCAGGACACGAUUAUUAGACUCUACUCUUGGCCCUCACUUAAUGGUGGAUGAUGUUGCCUGUCAAAUCAAGCUGGUCGGUGUACUCAACCUUUCAGAAAAUGUGCUGCCAUAAGACAACUGCCCACAUCAGAGCCAAUUCAAGGUUUUUGAGUGAAGUUUCUCCUGGUUAUGAUGUUGUUGUUGGUGGUGCUGGUUACGAUGUUGUUGUUGUUGGUGGUGGCCACGCUGGCACUGAGGCGGCAUGUGCAGCGGCAAGAAUGGGAGCCAACACACUGCUGAUCACUCACAAGCUACACACUAUAGGUGAAAUGUCUUGUAAUCCAUCUUUUGGUGGCAUUGGCAAAGGUCACCUUAUGAGGGAAAUAGAUGCUCUUGGUGGAGUUUGUGCUAGAAUAUGUGAUAUUUCUGGUAUCCAGUACAAAAUUUUAAAUAGAAGGAAAGGUCCUGCUGUAUGGGGCCCAAGGGCACAGAUAGACAGAGAGUUGUACAAAAAAAAUCUCCAAGCCGAAGUCUUCUCAUACCCAAAUCUGACAGUCAGAGCUGCAGCGGUGGAAGAUCUGGUUACAUCAGGAGUUGAUGGUCACGGUGGUGUCUACUUGGGGUGUCAUGGUGUUGUGUUGGACUCUGGUGAAGUGGUGAGCUCACGUGCCGUGGUUCUAACAACUGGCACAUUUUUGAGGGGGUCAAUCAAUGUUGGUCUGACCUGUCGACCAGCUGGCAGAGUGGGAGAUGAACCUUCCAUUGGUCUGGCCAAAACUAUAGAGAAGGCUGGCUUCACCAUGGGCAGACUCAAAACAGGAACACCCCCUAGAAUAGAUGGUAAAAGCAUUGAUUUCAAGCAGACAGUAGCCAAAUAUGGAGAUAUUCACCCUGUUCCCUUCUCUUUCAUGAAUGAAUCUGUGUGGAUUAAGCCUGAAGAACAGUUACCUUGUCACAUGACCUACACAACAGAAGCUGUGGCUAAGAUUGUGCGCGACACUCUACAUCUCAAUAGGCAUGUACAGGAGGAGAUCAAUGGCCCAAGAUACUGCCCAUCGAUUGAGUCCAAAAUUUUGAGAUUCCAAAGGAAAAGUCAUCAAAUCUGGUUGGAACCAGAAGGCUUGAACUCAGAUGUGAUCUACCCCCAAGGAAUGUCCUGUACAAUGCCAGAGGAGUACCAGGUGGCUUUAAUGAGAUCAAUACCUGGGCUAGAGAAGUGUCAGCUAUUGAGGGCAGGUUAUGGCGUGGAAUAUGACUUUGUAGAUCCCAGGCAACUCAAGCCCACCUUAGAAACUGAGAGAAUUUCCCAUCUUUAUUUGGCUGGUCAGAUCAAUGGCACCACUGGAUAUGAAGAAGCCGCUGCUCAGGGUAUCAUAGCAGGCAUUAAUGCUGCCUGUUAUGUUCUGGGUAAGCCCCCAUUAACUGUGAGCAGGGCUGAGGGCUAUAUUGGUGUUCUUGUAGACGACCUGACAACACAGGGCACAUCAGAGCCGUAUCGAAUGUUUACAAGCAGAGCGGAGUUUCGUCUGUCAUUGAGGCCAGAUAAUGCUGACAUUAGACUAACCCCUAAAGGCUACAGUGUGGGCUGUGUGACUGAGGAAAGAUACCAGAAGGCCAUGAAGAUGAAGGCUGACCUGCAGGAAAAUUUGAAUGUAUUGAAGAGUAUCCAAAUGUCAGCCAACAAAUGGAGAGAGGCUGUUGGUUUACCAGCCAC